GGGACUGGCUCAGGCAUGGGAACUCUUCUUAUUUCCAAGAUUAGAGAAGAGUACCCAGACCGAAUGAUGCUUACUUUCUCUGUGUUCCCAUCACCAAAGGUUUCUGAUACUGUCGUUGAACCUUACAAUGCAACAAUAUCAAUUCACCAACUUGUUGAAAAUGCUGAUGAGUGUAUGGUUCUGGACAAUGAAGCUCUCUAUGACAUUUGCUUCCCAACCCUAAAACUCACUACACCAAGCUCUGCUGAGGAUGAGGAUGAUGAUGAUGUGGAUCUCUUUGGUGAAGAAAAGAAGGCUGCUGAGGAGCGUGCAGCUGCUCUGAAGGCAUCUGGAAAAAAGAAAGAACGAGCACGGCAUCGAUUCGACGGGUCGAAUACCAAGGUGAUACGGACCUGCAACUGGAAUGGGUCAAUGUGUACUACAACAAAGCCAGCUGUGGCCGGUUCGUCCCACGCGCCGUCCUCAUGGACCUCGAACCAGGCACCAUGGACAACUAUACUGAAUCUUGUUUUUAAUUGUCUGAUGAUUCUUGUGACAGAAAUUGAAAGCUGGUUGGAGUUUUGCUUGAAAUCGGUGCAGGAGAGGUUCAUGCUAGUGAAGAUUAUGUUUACGCAUGACUGAUUUUAAGUCAUAAAUGUCCACUUUAUUCCUAUGUUUUCUUUCUCCAAGACUUUGGUAUAAAGAGUAGCAGUUACACCAUUUUGGAUUCUUAUCUAAAUUAAUGCUUUUUUUCCUUUACUAGGGUUCUGGAUUUUCUUCAGGAGUCAUAUUCUUACAGUCAUAUUCUUACUUACUGUUGUAUAGUUGGGAGAUUGUGGGAGUGUGUAAUAUAUAUUAUAUGUGGGGUUUAUAUAUAAUGCAAGGUUAUCUCAUUAUUCAUGCCUUAUUUUUAAUAUAUUCAACAUUCAUCUAUUUGGCUACUUUUUUUGUUCAAUACUAUUGGAGAAGUUGGAUUCAUUUUUUUGUUCAAUGCUAUUGGAGUCGAUUGUACUUUUAAACAGUUGGAUUCAUUUUAGACGGUCGUUCAUGUCUGCGCGGCACAGCAA